AUGCUGUCCUCCUUGUUCACUUCCCCUUCCACGUGGGUUGCUCUAACCCUAUCCCUGCUCCCCGCCGUCCUCGGCUCGCCUAUCAUCUCAAAGAGAGCAAAGGGUGCCUGGCUAGGUCUGAACACCAACUUCCCAGACCCGAGUUUCAUGAAAGCAGCCGAUAACAAAUGGUACGCUUUCGGCACGAAUGGGAAUGGCAAGCGUAUUCAAGUCGCAAGGUCUGAUGAUUUCAAGACAUGGACCUUGCUGAACGUUGAGGCCCUCCCAACUCUUUCAACCUGGGAAACAGACCGAGACCACUGGGCUCCAGACGUAGUCCUCCGGGAUGACGGGAAGUAUGUCAUGUACUACUCAGGCGAAGCCAAAUCAAACGUGGGCCACCAUUGUGUCGGCACAGCCGUAGCGGACAAACCCGCAGGACCAUACGUCCCAAGCAACACGCCUCUCUCCUGUCGAUUGGACCGCGGCGGAUCAAUCGAUCCAGCCGGAUUCAAAGACAAAGACGGAAGCCGAUACGUCGUGUUCAAAGUCGACGGCAACAGCGUCGGUCACGGCGGCGAUUGCAACAACGGCAUCGAGCCAUUAGUUGGCACGCCGAUCUUGCUGCAGAAGGUCGCUGCUGAUGGUGUUACUCCCAUCGGUGAUGCGGUGCAGAUUCUUGAUCGGUCCACGGCCGAUAAUGAUGGGCCGCUUGUUGAGGCGCCGAAUCUGAUUCUGCAUGGUGAUACUUAUUUCUUGUUUUAUUCUACGCAUUGCUUUACUGAUCCUAAGUAUGAUGUGCGCUGGGCUACUGCUAGCAGUAUUACUGGUCCUUAUACUAAGACGAAUGUUCCUUUGAUCAAUGCUCAGAAUUCCGGGCUUCUUUCGCCUGGUGGUGGGAAUGUUUGUGGGUGUGGUGAUCGGAUGUUGUUCCAUGGUUUCUGUACUGAGGCGAGGACUGAUCGGUGCAUGUAUGUGGCUGAUGUGACUCUGAAUGGGAAGACGGCGGCUAUUGCUUGA